CCAUGUUUAGGCCCUGUUCUCUCCCUCGACAACACGGCCAUUCAACCGAAUAUCAUGUCCCCCAGAACAGCAUUUCCAGCCAUCGGCCAAGUGUUGAGACCGUGAAUGCCACUCCGAUGGGCUCUCGUCGGAGCGGUCAAUCGAAGUCCAGGACUGGAUGCUUGACCUGCAAGAUCCGCAGAAUAAAGUGUGACGAAUCGCAACCACAUUGCAGGAGAUGUACCGAGACAGGUCGAAAGUGCGAAGGCCCCGUCGCCCGCCACAUUCGUUUUGCUGAGGAUCAGUUGUCAACUCCGAAGUAUCCUGUUCUCCUACCCGAGCUUUCCAUUUAUGCACCGCAACACAGCGACGAUGAACGCUGGGCUUUCAACUAUUUCAUCUACCGAGUGGCUCCAGUAUUUGCCGGAUUCAUAGAUGGUCCUUUUUGGCUCGAGUUGAUUCCUCGCCUUGCCCAGUCGUACACCUUUGUCUGGCACAUGGUGAUGUCAAUUAGCUGGGCUUUCGAGCACGUCCAAUAUCGAGAGCUGAGGACUGUUUUUGACACUGGUCGUCCAACUGCUGUUGUCGUUCACGCCGAGCACCGACGCGCCUUGAGGUGGUAUUCCAAGGCCCUUGUGAGUUUUCGUCACUUGCUUGAGCAAGGGGAAGCGGACAACGCACACACUCUCUUGAGUUGCAUCCUGUUCGGUGCCUUUGAGUUUCAGCAGAGGAAUGUUGGCAAUGCUUUGCGCCUGAUGGACAAUGCUUACAGAAUGCUGGGCCAGAAUCUCUCGGGUCGCCCGGCCCAGCAAACGCUUACCACAAACACCGACAUCGACGAGACGGUGACGGCCUUCUCCUCGAGGAAGGCGAUAUUGAUGGCCACUCUUGCCACUCCAGAAUGGAAAUAUCGGGCAAGAGAACGUCUCUCAAAGCCUUUCAUCGUCGCCACUUUGGCUGUCCUCGACGAAUUCCGACAGCAUUUGUACACGCUCAUGUUCAAGGCGUAUGAAAUUGUCCGGGUGACAGCUCUGCUUUCUCAUGAUGAGUAUGAGAUGCAAAAGUUGAGGCCAAGACAGCAGAUAUGCCUCGAAGAAUUGCAAAGAUGGAAGGAUUCGUUCCUCCCUGUUUCGGAUAGCUUGCGAGACGGUGAAACAGAAUGGAUAUCUUCCUAUCUCCUGAUGUAUUGGGGCGUUUGUCACGUUUGGCUGGCCAGCUGCUUGAGCCCGUUGGAGAGCUCAUUUGAUGAGCAUAUGCAGGAAUUUGCAGCUAUCGUCGAUAGGGCAGAAGAGGUUAUCGACCACCAUGCUGGAAACGAGACUAGCGGCCCAAUAUUCACAGGGGAAAUCGAAAUGCUUCUGGCGCUAUAUUUCGCAGCGACCAAGUGCCGCAACGCGAUUGUCCGCAGGAGGGCUCUGCGCCUCAUACGAAAGAUUCCCUACCGAGAAAGCGUCUGGGCAUCCAUUGCAUCACCGCGAGUAGUCGAAAAGAUGAUCGCUGUCGAGGAAGGUCACGACCAUUUCUUGGAGUAUCCAUUACCGGCGGGGCUUCUGUCGUUACCACCAGAGGAAAAUCGAAUACACCAUGUUGCCAUUAUGAAGGGGGAUGUGAACGAAGUCCGGCGGCGUCUGAAAUUACAGUGGACUAAGGUCGCGUUCGACGAUCACGGAUCGUUGAGAAUGGUACACGAGAAUGUCUGGCUAGAAGACUGCGUCGAAGACCCUGGUCGAGAUUCUGCACUGCUAAACACGGGAUGAACACAUGAUUGUCAAAAUGCAAAUCCUUGAGGCGGCUCCCUCUUCUGAGACCAAACAUGAAAGAGGCUCCGAAACGCCGCAUCGUCACUUGCUGCAAGGGGAAAUGAAUCGCUGAAUCGAGCAGAGGAGCCUCAGUGAGUCCCCUCACCCUUUAAUGUGGUAGUUUGUGAGUAACUCAGCAGACCAUCCCACUUUGUGUCAGGCUGGCGGUGAAUUCGCCAUGAUGCGAAUCUCCUCUGCCCGUUGCGCGAAUGUGCUUCACGGAAGGAGGACGUCCAGGUGUAUUGCUGGAGGUUGCGAGGGAGUUGAAAGCUCCAUCUAUUGUCUCUCGGCACAAAUCAUUGGAGCUGGAAGGACAGGUGGAGCCUGCCAUACUCUCAGGAUGACGGGUAGCAUGUUGCUGCGAUUGAAGUCAGACUGUCCCCUUUAGUAAUGGCGGUCGCCCAGCGGGAUAUGGCGUCCAGGCUCCCUCGAGCAGGAGAUUCAGUAUGCAUGAUGAUGAGGAAAUUUGGGAAUACUAUAAUGGCUGCUGGGAGGAAUGUAGUCCAAGGAAUAUGAAAAGAUGAUGGGAUUGAGAAGGACUUCGUGUAUGAUGGGGCAAGAGCCACAAUUAUUGUAAAGACAUGAGAAUAAGCAACUUCUUCCUAGAAAGGCG